GGGUCCUUCCCAGGAAUCGUUUCUGAACUUGAAUGGGAAUAAAGCCCCUGUUCUGACCACUGUAGACAAGACCAUGGUGGAAGGCAAUGGUUGAUGAUCCAGGUGUGAGAAAGUCCAACCACCUCAGCCGGCCAAUUAUCUUCCACUUAGCCAGUUGUAGGAAGUGAGGCAUACUGCUUUCCAUAAACGACUUGCAACUUUCUGAACAAGUCACACCUUCCCUGAACCUUGAUGUCUAUUUCCACCAAAUGGGGCUGAUAACACCGAUCUCACUAGCAGCACUAAGAUUAAAUGGGACCGCUAACAGUGUUAAAGUGUUUUAAGCACAGUACCCUCACACAUACUGGGCCAACGAUAAACCGUCGAUCUGCGCGGACAAAAAGAGCUGAGGGAGCUAAACCGGAUGGCGUCAGCAGAUUGGACCAGCCGAAGGGGGCGGGCCCGGAGGGAGGAGCCACCUGCAGCACGGAGCUUUGAAUCAGGCGCGGUAGCUUCAGCGGUAGCCAAUCCUAGAGCAGCAUUUUCAUGCGUAAGUUGUUGCGAGGUUCAGAGCCACGCGUCUCUCACCAAGAUCCGUUUUAGCCGUUGCUGCUGUACCCGUGCUCAUCCGUUACGGCUGAGAGGACGGACAGAAAGUCUUAGUCACCUCUCCUAGUAUUCCGGCUGGAAAGAGACUCUAGGCUUUAUUCCUCCUGCUGGCCCACCACCUCAGGAGAACGAUGGCCGCAGAGUCCAGAGCCACUGCCGCCAUCGCCGCGGAGCUGGUUUCCGCCAAAAUGGAAGAAGAUGCUCCUGCUCCUUCUACCUCUGCAGAUAAAGCAGAGAGUCUGGAUGUGGAUAGUGAAGCUAAGAAACUAUUGGGUUUAGGACAGAAACACCUAGUGAUGGGGGAUAUUCCAGCAGCUGUCAAUGCAUUCCAGGAAGCAGCUAGUCUUUUAGGUAAGAAGUAUGGAGAGACAGCUAAUGAGUGUGGAGAAGCCUUCUUUUUCUAUGGGAAAUCACUUCUGGAGCUGGCAAGAAUGGAGAAUGGUGUGUUGGGAAAUGCCCUGGAAGGUGUGCAUGUGGAAGAGGAGGAAGGAGAAAAAACAGAAGACGAAUCUCUGGUAGAAAAUAAUGAUAACAUAGAUGAGGAAGCAAGGGAAGAGUUGAGAGAACAGGUUUAUGACGCCAUGGGAGAAAAAGAAGAAGCCAAAAAAAUAGAAGACAAGUCUCUGGUAAAGCCUGAAACUGAUAAAGAACAGGAGGCUGAAAUGGAGAAGGGUGGAAGAGAAGAUAUGGAUAUAAGUGAGCCUGCAGAGGAACUACAGGAAAAAGUUGAAUCAACUCCAGAUAAGUUAACUGAAACCAAUGGGAAAGCUAAGGAAGCUGCAGCACCAGAAGGACUGCGUGAAGCUGAGGUCCCUUCUGGAAAGCUGGAACAGGAAGCGCCAGACGCUGAGGCAGGAAAAUUGGUUUCUGCACUUGAUGCCCAAGAAGUAUGCAGAGAAAAAGGAGGUCAGGAGAAACAGGGAGAAGUGAUUGUGAGCAUAGAGGGGAAGCCAAAAGAAGCUUCAGGAAAGCAGCCUGUUGUGACUCUAGAAAAGUGGGGCAGUGCAUUGGAGGUAGAAGCAGAGCCUGUAGAUCCAACAAUCGAGCCAGUGGAUGUGGGUGGGGAUGGGCCAAAAGAGCAGGUAGCUGCUUCUGUAAAUGAGCCAGGAAAGGCUGUUCUUGAGCAUCUGGUAGGGCAAGAAGUACCUCCUGCUGAAGAGUCACCAGAGUUGAUAGCAGAGGCUGUAUCAGAAGUUCCUGAGAAGCUUGGGCAGGAGGCCAUAGUUCUUCCUAAGGAUGGUACAGUCAAUGGACUGUUGGCUGCAGGAGAUAAGACUCCAAUUGAACCGCAGACUAAUGCAGAAGGACUGACAGAAAUGAAAGACGACUCAGAACUAGAGGAGGUCGGGGCAAAGUUGGUUCCUAAGGAGGAGAACAAGCUGUCCACAGAAGAGUCUGAGGUAGCUGGAGAUGGGGUUGAUACUGAGGUAGCUCAGGGGGCUACUGUGGAAUCUCCUGAAGACAAAGUUAAGAUAGCUGCUAAUGAAGAAGCACGAGAGAGAGAAGAACAGAUGAAAGAGGGUGAAGAAACUGAAGGCUCAGAAGAGGAGGAUAAAGAAAAUGACAAGGCUGAAGAAACACCAAAUGAUUCAGUUCUUGAAAACAAGUCACUUCAAGAAAAUGAAGAGGAGGAGAUUGGGAACCUAGAGCUUGCCUGGGAUAUGCUGGAUUUAGCAAAGAUCAUUUUUAAAAGGCAAGAAACAAAAGAAGCUCAGCUUUAUGCUGCACAAGCACAUCUUAAACUUGGAGAAGUCAGCGUUGAAUCUGAAAAUUAUGUCCAAGCUGUGGAAGAGUUCCAAGCUUGCCUUAAUCUGCAAGAGCAGUACCUGGAAGCCCAUGACCGUCUCCUUGCAGAGACCCAUUACCAGCUAGGCUUGGCCUAUGGAUAUAACUCUCAGUAUGAUGAGGCAGUGGUACAGUUCAGCAAAUCCAUUGAAGUCAUCGAGAAGAGAAUGGCUGUACUAAAUGAGCAGAGGAAGGAGGCCGAAGGAUCACCUACUGAAUAUGAGAAAGAAAUUGAGGAGCUAAAGGAGCUGCUACCUGAAAUCAGAGAGAAGAUAGAAGAUGCAAAGGAGUCCCAGCAUAGUGGGAAUGUGGCUGAAUUGGCUCUGAAGGCAACUCUGGUGGAGAGCUCGACUUCAGGUUUCUCUCCUAGUGGAGGAGGGUCUUCAGUCUCUAUGGUUGCCGGUAGAAAGCCAACAGAUGGAGCUUCCUCAUCAAAUUGUGUGACUGAUAUUUCCCAUCUUGUCAGAAAGAAGAGGAAACCAGAGGAAGAGAGUCCCCGGAAAGAUGAUGCAAAGAAAUCCAAACCAGAGCCGGAGGUGAACGGGGGCAGUGGGGACACUGCCUCCAGUGGGAAGGAAGUCUCAGAAAACAUGGAGGAGGAGGCUGGGAAUCAGGCUGAGAGCCGGGCAGCAGUGGAGGCCGGAGCUCCAGUUGAAAGCACUGCGUGUUAAGAGAGGGAGCAGAGCCUUCUUCUCAAGGGAAAGUGUUUUUGUAUAUAAUGUAUUUUUUCACUUUUGGGGGAUUCUUUUUGUAUAACUUCAAUAAAGAUUGUAAGCAAAGGUUGAGGCUUUGAUGACUUUUUUCCUUAAAUUUUUGCUGAAUAUGUGCCAUGCAGCACUCUGGAUUUUAUAUAUUGUGGCCAAAGGUACUUUUUCUUUCCCCUUCUGUACUGAUCUCUGUGUUGGAAGUUCUAAUCCAAAUUCCUGUCAGUGUAUCUGCAGGCCCUCUGUAGUCUAUAUUUUUUCUGUUUUAAAUACUUGACUGAACCCAGCUGUCUUGCGAACUUUCAGUGGUGCUGUCCCUGGACGGGGUCUACAAAAACAAGGCUUGGUGAAGAUUUUGCUCUUUGGUGCUCAUACUGCGUGAUGGACUUUGUGAGCUGCUAUCAGCCUCUAAGCCAGCCCUUGCACACCAGUGGUACUUCUUUUAUCCACCUAGUCUUAACUGGGGCCAUAAUCCUGUCUAGGGGAAAGAACUCUAAAGAAAACUUAGUGGGGCCAGGGGAAAUCCUUGAGGAAAACUGGUAUGCUAAUUGUAGAGAAUUGAGCUUUCUGGCUUGAAAGUGGCUAAUGGACUGAUUGAUGAUGAUGGCCAACAUUUUGGAUGUUGGAAAUUUCUGUGGGGAGACUGGCUUACAUUUGUUUUCUGUACAGAAAGGUUGAAAUAUAUCAACAUUUGAAUUGUUAUGCUGUCUGCAGUUUUGACUUAAAUAAAGAUGCUAAAAAA